UAGCUGUUACCAUGUUCUGCUGCAAAAUUUAUACUGUCCGUCCAGCCGAAACUUACAUGCUCUUUUUAGCAAUACUCUUGGUGUCAGGCCUUUUCUAUUCAUUGAGCAUCUGUUUAUGUCGUUGUUCUAGCAAAGCUGAAGCACCUUCCUUGAAGAAGGAGGCUCCGUGCAUUGCUGUGUUCUGUGCUGGGGUCCCACUUGCAGUACUCUGGUCGUCAUGAAGCCCGUCUUCUGCUGUCCUAUCUAAGCUCACCAGAAAGCUUUGCGUGCGGCAUCUAGAAGCAUAUAUAGUGUCACUGGUUCCUCAUACUGGAGACUUUUGGUUUGGCAAGCACACCAUGGCUAAUUCCAUUGCACUGGCACCAGUUGCUGUCAAGAUCAGACCGCAUGCGGUGUUUUAGACAACUUAGCUAAAGUUAACGGAGCAGCGGUUGUAGAGGUUGACUGCGUGUGCAUAUGGGCAGCAGUCCAGGUGGUUCGUACUUCGCGAUCUCACCGAACUACCCCCCUAGCUUUAUUCAAGGUUUGCUUGAAAUCCAGUGAACAGAAGAAGACGAAAGGGUAGGCUGGCUAUGUGGUAAUGUGUUGUGUUGAACUUGAACACUUUCAAUCUGUUCGAUGUUUUUCGGAGCUUAUCUGAGAUGUUGCGAACCCUUUCCAUGACCAAGGCCUUGUAGAUGACGUGGGAUUGGGAUAUCAGUUUCAGUGCGACCUUGUAAAGUGAGGAUGUUGGAGCAUAGAUUCGUGCAUACAGAGGAGGUGCUAGCUUUCAAAGGAAUAGGUAACAACUUAAAUGCAUUUUGAAGGGGCGUUCGUCGACUGAAAACGAGGGCAAUGUCAAUCACUGCAUGCAUUUGUUCGGUGUUCAUGGCCGAACUGAAACCCGAAGCUUUACGAAGGCACACAUGAGGGAAACCCAAGUAGAGAUCGCGGGUGGCAUGUGCAAAGUUAAAGAUUUAGAGCAUCAUUUGAAACCUGAACUGCUGCUGCACUCUGCUAUUUACAAACAGGAUAUCCAAGGACUCGAUAAGGUUUACCCGCCAAUUCACGUACUCUACUAGAUGUAAUCAACUUUAUCACUGAUAGGUUCUUAUAAAAGACACUCUUUGUUGUUGAGCCCUCCCUCGUGCACGUUUUUAUGGCAGGACGAUUUAGUCGUGGACACUAGUCCACUCUAGGAAUCAAUUGAAACUGGCAGAAGUUCUUUCAGACGCGCAUCAGUUGUUUCUCCGUGGGAGGUUUUGUUACAUAUUAGAUUUGCUUAUUCUCUUCAUUCAGACAUCUCCUCAGGAACCAUGGCAAUCGAAGUAAGGGGGAGCUGGGCCGCCGACGCAACCAAGAUCAUGGGCCAUCACUUCGCAGAGGAAGCAGAACGGAUGCGAUCUAUGCAUAAGUCUCAAGAGUUGGAAACUCUCCACAACGGUUCGGUGCACCUUGGCAAGGAGUACUGCGGGGGUGGUCGGACCAGUUUUUUCCAAAUUACAGGCUUUUCAGCUCCAAAGACUGUGACCACAGACUGCGAGAAAACCUCAAACUUCGGGUCCGACUCCGGCACUCCUGUCGGUUACUCUGUUCCCUUUCAUAUGCUCAGCAUGUCCGCCAAUGAGCGCGCCUGUUGUGUACAGUCUGUGGAGAGCUGUAGAAAAUUCAAUUCCGAUUUCAAAAUAUCCAGCGACGAUGACACGGAACAUGGGAGUUUGGAGGACGACAUGAAGGAGUUGAACGAAGACAUGGAAAUUCCCUUAGGUCGAGAUGGCGAGGGUAUGCAGUCAAAGCAGUGCCCGCGCGGCCACUGGCGUCCAGCGGAAGACGACAAGCUGCGAGAACUAGUGUCCCAGUUUGGACCUCAAAACUGGAAUCUCAUAGCAGAGAAACUUCAGGGUCGAUCAGGGAAAAGCUGCAGGCUACGGUGGUUCAAUCAGCUGGACCCUCGCAUCAACCGGCACCCAUUCUCGGAAGAAGAGGAAGAGCGGCUGCUUAUAGCACACAAGCGCUACGGCAACAAGUGGGCAUUGAUCGCGCGCCUCUUUCCGGGCCGCACAGACAACGCGGUGAAGAAUCACUGGCACGUUGUGACGGCAAGACAGUCCCGUGAACGGACACGAACUUACGGCCGUAUCAAAGGUCCGGUACAUCGAAGAGGCAAGGGUAACCGUAUCAAUACCUCCGCACUUGGAAAUUACCAUCACGAUUCGAAGGGAGCUCUCACAGCCUGGAUUGAGUCGAAGUAUGCGACAGUCGAGCAGUCUGCGGAAGGGCUCGCUAGGUCUCCUUGUACCGGCAGAGGCUCUCCUCCUCUACCCACCGGUUUCAGUAUACCGCAGAUUUCCGGCGGCGCCUUCCAUCGACCGACAAACAUGAGUACUAGUCCUCUUAGCGAUGUGACUAUCGAGUCGCCAAAGUUUAGCAACUCCGAAAAUGCGCAAAUAAUAACCGCGCCCGUCCUGCAAAAGCCAAUGGGAGAUCCCAGGUCAGUAUGCUUGCCGAAUUCGACUGUUUCCGACAAGCAGCAAGUGCUGCAGAGUAAUUCCAUCGACGGUCAGAUCUCCUCCGGGCUCCAGACAAGCGCAAUAGUAGCGCAUGAUGAGAAAUCGGGCGUCAUUUCAAUGAAUCAUCAAGCACCGGAUAUGUCCUGUGUUGGAUUGAAGUCAAAUUUUCAGGGGAGUCUCCAUCCUGGCGCUGUUAGAUCUUCUUGGAAUCAAUCCCUUCCCCACUGUUUUGGCCACAGUAACAAGUUGGUGGAGGAGUGCAGGAGUUCUACAGGCGCAUGCACUGAACGCUCUGAGAUUCUGCAAGAACAGCAUUCUAGCCUUCAGUUUAAAUGCAGCACUGCGUACAAUACUGGAAGAUAUCAACAUGAAAACCUUUGUGGGCCAGCAUUCUCGCAACAAGACACAGCGAACGAGGUUGCGAAUUUUUCUACGUUGGCAUUCUCCGGCCUAGUGAAGCAUCGCCAAGAGAGGUUGUGCAAAGAUAGUGGAUCUGCUCUCAAGCUGGGACUAUCAUGGGUUACAUCCGAUAGCACUCUUGACUUGAGUGUUGCCAAAAUGUCAGCAUCGCAGCCAGAGCAGUCUGCGCCGGUUGCAUUCAUUGAUUUUCUAGGCGUGGGAGCGGCCUGAAGGCUGCGGAAAGAUUUUAGCAAAGCUUUUAUAACGUUUUUUUUGCACAGGGCUGUUUUUAGCUUGUAUACCAGUAGGCACUUCUACUUCUUUUUCUUCUUUUCUUUUUCCCCUUUUCUUCUCCCCCCACUUUCACCAUUUCCGCCAUAGCAGCCUUUGAAUCACGUAAUGGAACCUUUGGCGGCCUGUAUGAGGCACUUUUGGAGGCAUCCCUGGACGAAGAAUGGAUCAAACCGUACUGCGGAUGUCAUGCUUUGAAGCUGCAAUCCGAAUUCAGUAGCAUGCUGUGGAUGACUCAAAAGGAGUAGCUGCUUUGUGAAACUAAUACUAUACAGCGGAUUUUGAAGACCCAAGUUUCAUGUGGACAAGUCUGAAAAACUUAUACGCCACCUCCAUGGGCUUCUACGAUGAAUAUGCGCUUUCGGCUUACACUGCGGCUCUUUUUUGCAUAUAUAUAUACUUCCAUUCAAUUUUAUUUGGAAAUGUUUUGAAUCUACCUUCUCGUACAAAACUGGGAUCAGAAAUCUUCCAGGUUGUGGGUCGCAAGUUAACUCUGCAGAUUGUGGCUGACACUUGGGCAAUCGGCAACUUUAUCUUUUUGUUUUUUACGCUUGAACGGACCUCAGCUGUACAGACACUCAUCAUGUACAUUCGAUGCCAUCUCUUGGCUUUCAUGGAAGUUCAGAUAUCGGAAACUGUGACAGAGACAUAGAGAGAGAGAGAGAGAGAGAGAGAGAGAUUCUUGAUGCACUGUGCGCCGAGUUUGAGACUAGUUUAGAAAGAUUGAUGAAGCUAGCAGUAAAUUGUUGGCCUCAUCUGAAAGGUACGGCCUUGACUCCGUGAGCUUUUUGAGGAAAUAAAAGCGGAACUGUUGCAAUGUUA